GGCCGCGGCACCGGCACCGGGAGCGGCAGCGGCGGUAGCAGCAGCGACGGCCGCACUGAGCGGAGAAACCCAGAGCCCCGGAGCCCCGCCAGCGGCGCCUCCUCCUCGGCCCACAAUGCCCCACUGAGCCAACCUGGAAUCUGAGGGGAGCAGCGCAGAAAGCACCCAUGGAUGGGACCCUAGCAGGGGGCCUGGCCGCCCCGGACCGUCCCCGUGGCCCUGAGAGACUGCCCGGCCCGGCGCCAAGGGAGGACAUUGAGGGUGGGGCUGAGGCUGCCGAAGGGGAAGGUGGCAUCUUCCGAUCUACCCGUUACCUGCCUAUCACCAAGGAGGGCCCCCAAGACAUUCUGGAUGGCAGAGGUGGCAUUUCCGACGGGCAGCCCCAUCCCGGCCUCAGCGAAGCCCUCCCCCGUGCCACCUCCGCCACCCAUCGGAUCAGCAGCUGCUUCUGGGAUGGAGGUAUCCUGGACUUCCGACCAGGCUCCUCCCCACCUCACCUCCUGGGCCACUUAACUGGCCCCCAUGAUGGCCAGGGGCCCUGGGAUGACCCCCUAGUCCAGGAGGCCAGGGAGGGCAUCCCUUCGGAGCAGAGGUUCGAGGACUCGGUCAUUGUGAGGACCGUGAAGCCCCACGCCGUGUUUGAGGGCUCUAGAAGGCUCUUGCAUCGCCACCAGGGGGGACCAAAGCUGGCGGAAAAGGGACCCUGUGGUCGCUCCAGCCUCCACUGGCUUGAGGACUCAGAGGAGCGGGUCCCCCACCAGGACAUGAGGCUACACCUGGACUCCUUCCAGAGGGUCCUUGUGCCAGCAGACAACCCUCGGACGAUGGCUAUAGCAGUCACGCAAGGGGACCUAGUGGACCCCAAGGCGCUGGCCCUACCAUCUGAGUGGAGCCUGCCAAGGGCUGCCUCGGAGGUGGCCACACAGACCUGGACAGUGAACUCGGAGGCAUCUGUGGAGCGGCUGCAGCCACUGCUGCCACCUCUGCAGACUGGGCCCUACCUGUGUGAGCUGCUGGAGGAGGUGACUGAGGGGACAACCAGCCCUGACGAGGAUGAGGACGAGGACGAGGAGCCGGCCGUGUUCCCGUGCAUCGAGUGCAGCAUCUACUUCCGGCAGAAGGAGCACCUCCUGGAGCACAUGAGCCAGCACCGCCGCACCCCGGGCCAGGAGCCCCCAGCUGAGCUGGCCCCGCUGGCCUGCAGCGAGUGUGGCUGGGCCUUCACUGACCCUGGCACUCUUGAGCAGCACCGGCAGCUGCACCAGGCCUCCCGGGAGAAGAUCAUCGAGGAGAUCCAGAAGCUGAAGCAAGUACCUGAGGAUGAAGGCCGGCAGGCACGGCUGCAGUGCCCCAAGUGUGUCUUCGGCACCAACUCCUCCAAGGCCUUCACGCAGCACGCCAAGCUGCAUGCACGUGAGCACCGUGGCCUGGAGGCUCCAGAGCCCUAUGGCAGUGGUGGGGGCAGCAGUGGGGUUGGCAGCCCAGGCUCCGAGGCCCCCAGCCUCGCCUUCAAGCCCUACGCGUCAGCCCCAGGCCUCAGUGCCUGCGGCUUCUGCGGCUUCCCCGCACCGAGCGAGAGCCUGCUGAGGGAGCACGUGCAGUUUGUGCACGCCCGUCCCCACUGGGAUGAUGGCGAGGCUUUUGAGGAGGACCCCGCCAGCCAGCCAGGCACUAGCCAGGAUGCAUAUGCUCGCUUCCCCAAUGCUGCUGAGGACUACUUUGGCAAAGCUGAGCCACACUUGGCCUCCCCAUGGCGGGCGAGUCCUUCUGGGUACGACCCCAGUCUGGCCUUUGGGCCAGCCUACCAGCAGCUGAGCAUGCAGGAUUUCCCACUGUCAAAGUCUCCCCUUUAUGGCGCCUUCCAGAGGCCACUCGGAAAGCCAGCCUAUUCCUCCCCAUUAGCAUCCGCCCCUUACCCCGUGCAGCCAAGAAAUAAAAGCUCUGUCUACCCGCUGCACCCACAGGAGCUGGAGGGUGCUGUGGGUUGCGAACUCCUGGGCCAGCUGGGGGACCAGAGGCACCCCUGGAGCAGAGAGGAGGAUGACGUGACCCUGAUCUCUGAAAUGGACUUUACCCCCGAAAACCGGGUCUCUCCACCUCCAGCUGUCACCCUCAUCCCACAGCUGGCUCUGGAGCUCAAGCGGACUUUUCAAGGAGCCCUGCAGGCAGCUGAGGGCUCACAGGCCCAGCAACAGCAACUCCGUAAGAUGGUCCCAGUUGUGCUGGUGGCAAGGCUCGGGCCGCAAGUCAUGGCAGCGGCCAGGGCACCCCCAAGGCUGCAGGCUGAGGAACUGGGGCUGGGAGGUGCCCACCCCCUGGACUUCCUGCUGCUAGAUGCACCGCUCGGUGGUCCACUGGGGCUGGACACACUCCUAGAUGGGGACCCAGCGGACCUGAAGCACGAGGAACGGAAGUGUCCCUACUGCCCGGACCGCUUCCAUAAUGGCAUUGGCCUGGCCAACCACAUCAGGGGCCACCUUAACCGCGUGGGUGUCAGCUACAAUGUGCGGCACUUCAUCUCAGCCGAGGAAGUCAAGGCCAUCGAGCGCAGGUUCUCCUUCCAGAAGAAGAAGAAAAAAGUGGCUAACUUCGACCCGGGCACCUUCAGCCUUAUGCGCUGUGACUUCUGCGGGGCUGGCUUUGACACACGGGCUGGCCUCUCCAGCCAUGCCCGUGCCCACCUGCGUGACUUCGGCAUCACCAACUGGGAGCUCACGGUCUCGCCCAUCAACAUCCUGCAGGAGCUGCUGGCCACCUCAGCGGUCGAGCAGCCCCCCAGUCCACUGGGUUGUGAGCCUGGGGGACCACCUGGUGCCUAUCUCACCUCCCGCCGGCCCCGCCUACCUCUCACAGUACCCUUCCCGCCCACCUGGGCCGAGGACCCUGGACCAGUCUACGGAGAUGGCCUAGGUUCUGAGGAGAAUGCAAUGGUGCCCAUGGACCUGGGCUCCCCAUUGCUCCCCAAGAAGAGCCUGCCUGUCCCUGGGCCCCUGGAGCAAGUGGCCAAUCGGCUGAGCAGCAAAGUGGCUGCAGAGGUUCCCCAUGGCAGCAAGCAGGAGCUGCCGGACCUCAAGGCCCAGAGCCUGACCACCUGCGAGGUGUGCGGUGCCUGCUUCGAGACUCGAAAGGGCCUGUCAAGCCACGCACGCUCCCACCUGCGGCAACUGGGGGUGGCUGAGUCAGAAAGCAGCGGCGCCCCCAUUGACCUCCUCUAUGAGCUUGUCAAGCAGAAGGGCCUGCCUGAUGUGUCCCUUGGGCUGCCGCCAGGCCUGGCCAAGAAGUCCAGCUCGCCGAAGGAGGUGGUUGCUGGAGCCUCGCGCCCCGGCCUGCUCGCCCUGGCCAAACCCCUGGAUGCCCCCGCUGUCAACAAGGCCAUCAAGUCACCACCUGGCUUUUCGGCCAAGGGCCUAUCUCACCCCCCCAGCUCCCCGCUCCUCAAGAAGACACCGCUGGCCCUGGCGGGCUCCCCGGCUCCGAAGAACCCCGAGGACAAGAGUCCCCAGCUGUCUCUGAGCCCCCGGCCGGCUUCCCCAAAGGCACAGUGGCCCCAGUCGGAGGAUGAGGGGCCCCUGAACCUCACUUUAGAUAGUGACGGGGGCCGAGAGCUGGACUGCCAGCUGUGCGGUGCCUGGUUUGAGACCCGCAAGGGCCUGUCCAGCCACGCCCGCGCCCACCUGCGCCACCUGGGCGUCAGCGACCCGGACGCCAAGGGAUCCCCCAUAGACGUGCUCCACGGGCUCAUCAGGAGGGACGGCGUCCACCUCCGCCUCCCACCGGGGCGCGGCGCCCUGGCCCAGCCGGGGCGGCCUCCUCCUGCCUCCGCGGCCCUCUCCUUGCUCCCCCCCCCACCGCCGGCCAAGAGGGCCAAGCUGAAGGCUGUGGGUGCGGCAAGCCCCUGGGGGAAGCAGGACCUCUCGGCCACCGCCACUGCUGGCAUUUUCUGGGCCUCUGAUGUGGAGCCGGCUCCUCUCAACCUCUCCUCGGGCCCCGAGCCAACACGCGACAUCCGCUGUGAGUUCUGUGGGGAGUUCUUCGAGAACCGCAAGGGCCUGUCCAGCCAUGCGCGGUCCCACCUGAGGCAGAUGGGCGUGACCGAGUGGUAUGUCAAUGGCUCGCCCAUCGACACGCUGCGAGAGAUCCUCAAGAGGCAGCAGGCCCACUCCCGGCCCGGUGGACCCCCAAACCCGCCGGGACCCAGCCCCAAGGCCCUGGCCAAGAUGGUGGGCGGUCCAGGGAGCUCGUUGGAAGCCCGCGGCCCUGCCGAUUUACACCUCUCGCCAAUGGGCAAGAAGUUGCCGCACCCGUCAGGCAGCCCCCUGGGCCACUCACCAGCUGCUUCUCCGCCCCCCACGGCCCGGAAGAUGUUCUCAGGCCUGGCUGCCCCCUCCUUGCCCAAGAAGCUGAAGCCUGAACAGAUGCGGGUGGAGAUCAAGCGGGAGAUGCUGCCCGGGGCCCUUCACGGGGAGUCACACCCGUCUGAGGGGCCCUGGGCGGCGUCUCGGGAAGACAUGACCCCCCUGAACCUGUCAUCCCGGGCUGAGCCAACACGUGACAUCCGCUGCGAAUUCUGUGGCGAAUUCUUCGAGAAUCGCAAGGGCCUGUCGAGCCACGCGCGCUCCCACCUGCGACAGAUGGGUGUGACCGAGUGGUCUGUCAAUGGCUCGCCCAUUGACACGCUGCGGGAGAUCCUCAAGAAGAAGUCUAAGCUGUGCCUCAUUAAGAAGGAGCCCCCUGCCGGCGACCUGGCCCCAUCCCUGGCAGAGGAAGGGCCCCCCACCGCCGCCCCUGGGAUCCUGCAAGCUCCCCUGCCGCUGGCACCCCUGGUGGGCCGGCCUGGCAAACUAGGAGUGGGGCCUGCCCAGGUCCCCCGCGAGCUCAGCCUGACGCCCAUCACAGGAGCCAAGCAUUCAGCUACCGGCUACCUGGGCACGGUGACAGCUAAGCGUCUGCUGCAGGAGGACCGCCUCCUCCCCGCGGAGGUCAAAGCCAAGACCUACAUCCAGACUGAACUGCCCUUCAAGGCCAAGACCCUCCAUGAGAAGACCUCCCACUCCUCCACCGAGGCCUGCUGUGAGCUAUGUGGCCUCUAUUUCGAAAACCGCAAGGCCCUGGCCAGCCACGCACGGGCACAUCUGCGGCAGUUUGGCGUGACCGAGUGGUGUGUCAAUGGCUCACCCAUUGAGACGCUGAGCGAGUGGAUCAAACACCGGCCCCAGAAGGUGGGCGCCUACCGCAGCUACAUCCAGGGUGGCCGCCCCUUCACCAAGAAGUUCCGAAGCGCAGGCCAUGGCCGUGAUGGUGACAAGCGGCUGGCCCUCGGGUUGGCACCUGGUGGCCUGGCCAUGGUCGGCCGCAGUGCUGGGGGUGAGCCAGGUCCUGAGGCCAGCCGGGCAGCUGAUGGCGGGGAGCGGCCUCUGGCAGCCAGCCCACCAGGCAUGGUGAAGGCAGAGGAGCACCAGCGGCAGAACAUCAACAAAUUCGAACGCCGACAAGCCCGGCCCCCAGAUGUGGCCUCGGCCCGGGGUGGCGAGGAGGCUAAUGACCUGCAGCAGAAGCUGGAGGAGACGCGGCAGCCCCCGCCCCGGGUCCGGCCGGUGCCCUCCUUGGUGCCCCGGCCCCCCCAGACCUCACUCGUCAAGUUUGUCGGCAAUAUCUACACCCUUAAGUGCAGGUUUUGUGAGGUAGAAUUCCAGGGCCCCCUCUCCAUCCAGGAGGAGUGGGUGCGGCACUUACAGCGGCAUAUCCUGGAGAUGAAUUUCUCCAAAGCAGACCCCCCGCCCGAGGAGCCCCAGGCCCCGCAGGCACAGACAGCGGCAGCAGAGGCGCCCUAACACAGAAGCAUUCCAGACUCCCUCUCAUGCCACCUCUAUCUCCUUUUCCUUCUCUGUGUCCUCGUCCUCCCCUCUUUCCUCUUUUCCGUUUCCAAAGGAGCAAGCCAAAACCUCAAACCGGUGCCCCCUGGGGGCCGGGCACACUACAGCUGGGGUGCCGGGAGCCAGCUAGCUGCCCAUCCCCCAGCCCGAGGACUCUGGGGCCACAGGGUAUCUUCCUGCAGCCCAUACCCACCUGAUCGGGCAGGGGCAGCACCCGGGUCUUGGUGGCAGCUGACCUGGUCACAGGGGGGCAGUGUUCCCCUGUGCCCAGCAGCCAGGCAAGGCUAUGUCUGCCACCUAUGACCAUUUGCAAAGACCCCAAAGACCCUUGUUCUGGUUCCCGCUCGCCCCGUGACUAUCCUCUCACAUGCACACACAUGCAAACACACGUGCGUGCAUGCACACACACGCACCUUGCGAGGCCCGGGAUCUGCCCCAGCCCCCCACUUCCUGCGUCGAGCAGCCCCGUCACGCCAUGGUGCUUGCUCAGGGGAAGCCAUGCUCCCUCUGCUGGGCCCCCUGGGGCCCGGGAGGCCCCCACUGAGCCCACGAUGCCACGGAAACCCUCAUUGGCCACCCCCCUCCCUGAGGGGCCUUCCCAGCUGGGAAGAGCUCAGAGCUCAGAGCUGACAGCUAUGUCCUGCCGUGUCUAGGCCCCCCAGAGCCUUGGGGGUCCGGGGGGGGGUGGGACUCUUCUCCCCCCACUCCCAACCUGCCCCCUUCCCACCUUUUCACUGUUGCUUUCUAUGUAUAGCUCCCUAGACCCUUCACUUUUUUAAAAAUGCGUUUUGUGUAGAGAAUAAGGAACGUCGAUCUUUUUAAUUUGCAAUCCUGGGCCAGGUAAAUACCGGGAAGGCUGAUUGACCUUUUAACUUUUUCCAGUGGCAACCUUUUGGUUAUCGAUGUACCUAGAAGUCUGUAAAUUAGAUUAAAUUUCUCUUCUGGAAACACACCGGGGCAGGCAGCCAGCGUGCGUGUUUCUCUUGGGUGGACAGGCUGGCUUUGGCUGCCAGCCAGGGCUGGGAUUGGCCUGGGCUUCCUACUGGCCACCAAGCCAACCAGGCCCAGUUGGGGAUGAGCCGAGUUGCCCAGCUGGCAGCCCUCAACACCCUGGGUAGUGGGAGUCUCUGGCUGGCUGGGGGGUGACUCAUGUGAACAGAGGAGAUGCUACCCAGGGCUCCAGGAGGCUGGUCUGUGCAGGGAGCCAGGGCUGGGAAGCAACUGAGGCUGGGAGGGCUUUCUAAGGGCAGGAGCUGUCCAGCAAGGGAGUGGGGGCCUAUGGAGGGAGGGAGGAGCAGGAAGCAGCCAGAAGCAUUCCAUGGGGGGCCAGCAGGAAGGACCUGACCUGGAGACAGGUGACUUCUAUGAAGAUACAUGCAUCCUGAGCCCUGGUGACAUCAGGGAAAGAAAGGGGAGCACUGACUCCCUUGCGAUGUUAUUUACAUGCUUGUGCUGCAGAUGUUUGUUGAACAUUUCUGAGAUUUGAAUCAAGAGACCUCGUUAGCUGCUCCUUGUUGAUCACAUGCUGUUUUUAACCUCACCAUUGUCGCUAAGUCCCUGGAUGUUGCCGAUGGUUUGUGCUGAACUCGAAACCUAAAGGUUGGUUCAAACCCACCAAUCAGUGCCACGGAAGAAAUGCCUGGAGAUCUGUUACCACUAAGAUUACAGCCAAGAAAACCCUAUGGAGCAGUUCUCUGUAACAUUUGGACUCACCGUGAGUCAGAAUUGACUCCACAUCAACCAACAACAAUCCCUCCUACAGUCAGCUAUUGGAGAUGUCUGUUGUUGGCUACCUUCAAGUCACCCAUGACUCCUGGGAACCCCAUGCACAAAGAAAUGAAGCACUGCCUGGUCCUGCAGCACUUCCAUGAUGGGUUGCAGUUUGGAUCAUGGUGAUCCACAGGGUUUUCAAUGGCUGAUUUCCUAAAGUUGAUUGCCAGGCCUUUAUUCCUAGUCUGUCUUAGGAAGCUCUGCUGAAAUCUGUUCAGUAUCAUAGCAACACGCAAGCCUCCACUGAUGGAUGCUUGGUGGCUGCGUAUGAGGUGCAUUGGUCAGGAAUCCAACCCCGGUCUCCUGCGUGGAAGGUGAGGAGUCUACCAUUGAUCCACCAAUCCCCUGGAGAUGGCUGACUGCAGUGUUACCUGUUUGUGUCCUGCCUGACUCUACUGGAUUUUUUUAUUCGAAAGAGCUGAAUACAGUCCUUGCCAUAGAGGGAUCUUUUCCUAAAACAUUUCUGAACACAUCCCUUCUCUGCUUAAGCAAUACUAUUAUCUCUCUCAAUGGUCUAUGAGGGCCGUGGGUGUUAAAUCAAUAACAGAUGGGGUGAAAUGAGGGCCGGGGCAGCCAGUGCUGUGAGUGACGCUCUAGGACCCAGGAGAGGUGCUCUAAGCCUUAGUUUUGGAGACCAGGUAAGCAUCCCUUAGGGGUGACACGGAGGGGAACCCCAAAGCUGGAGUACACGUCAAUCAGAGUGUUGUGUGCUGCUUCUGUGGUUUCUCACUUAACGCAUCAAAACCUUGCCCCACAUGGCCGCAAGUCCUGUCUGCGUAAGCCCCAAUUUGAGGGGAGGAUUUUUUUUUUUUGUCAAAAUAUUACAAAACAUGCCAUCUCGACCAUUUCUACGUGUUAUACUGAUUGCAUUCUGCAAGUUGUGCCAGUGUUCUUGCUAUGCUUUUCCAAAUCACUCCACCACCAUGAACAUAAACCCAAUGUCCCCCUAAGCAAAAAUUCUCCCUUUGUCUCUUCCCCUGGUAACCAAUAAUAAUCUUCGGUUUCUAUAUAUUUUUUAUGUAAGAGAUCACACAGUAUUUUUCCUUUUGCAACUGAUUUCUCUUAGCAUGAUGUUUUCAAGGCUCAUCAUCUAUGUUGUGGCGUGCAUCAGGACUUCUGUAUGGCUGAGUAAUAUUCCAUUGUGUGUGUACACCGCAUUGUGUUAAUCCAUUUAACUGUCGAUGGACAUUUGGGUUGUUUCCACCUUUUGGCUGUUGUGAAAAGUGCUGCGAUGAA